UAUUCUUAUUCAUCUCAUUCACUCAAUUCACUCCUCUUUCUUUCUCCAGGCCGAAUUUCUCCUCAUUUAAGAAUUAACAAUUAUUAGAUAACCUUUAACCUUUACUACAGUUAUCUAAUAUCGUGUCCAAGUGAAGUAAUAUCAAUAGGAGAAAAAUGCAGGCCUCCGUUCUCACCCGACUGCCAGCCAUCGGCCCUAAAGGGAUCCUUUGUCGGGUCGCCAUUAUCCAGCUCCAGCAGCAACAAGGUCAAAGAUUCAUGUCGUCAACACAUGAAGCUGACCUCGUUGUGAUUGGGUCAGGUCCAGGUGGUUAUGUCGCUUCGAUUAAGGCCGCCCAACUAGGAAUGAAGGUGGUGAAUAUCGAAAAGAGAGCCACUCUGGGAGGAACCUGCCUAAAUGUGGGAUGCAUCCCGUCAAAGUCACUCCUAAACAAUUCUCACUAUUACCACAUGGCGCAACAUGAUUUUAAAAAUAGAGGAAUACUUGUCGACAACGUCAAGUUGGACCUUGAUGCUAUGCUGUCGGCUAAAAGCGGUGCUGUCAAAGCCCUCACUGGUGGAAUUGCGCAUCUCUUUAAGCAAAAUAAGAUCACCCAACUCACCGGUCAUGGAAAAAUCACGGGAAAGAAUGAAGUCACACUUUUGAAGGACGAUGGAUCCUCGGAGAAGAUCAAUGCUAAAAAUAUCAUGAUUGCGACGGGUUCCGAAGUUACGCCAUUCCCAGGAAUUGAGAUUGAUGAAGAACAAAUUGUUUCCUCGACCGGAGCUCUCUCCCUGAAAUCUGUCCCGGAUAAAAUGAUUGUCAUUGGAGCUGGAGUUAUUGGUCUCGAAUUGGGUUCCGUUUGGGGCCGACUCGGAACUCAAGUCACUGCCGUCGAGUUUCUCGGCACGAUCGGUGGGAUGGGCAUUGAUGGCGAAGUUUCAAAGAACUUUCAAAAAAUCCUGACCAAGCAAGGCAUCAAGUUCAAGUUGAGUACGAAGGUGACUGGGGCGAGGAGGGAAGGGAACCGAAUUCUUGUAGGAGUGGAAAAUGUUAAGGAUCCCAGCAAGAAAGAGGAGCUCGACUGUGAAGUCCUCCUAGUUUCUGUGGGGCGACGACCUUAUACCGAAAACCUCGGCUUGGAAGAUAUGGGAAUCACGAGGGACGAAAAGGGACGAAUUCCUGUCAACGAGAAGUUCCAAACCGUAGUACCAAAUAUUUAUGCUAUCGGUGACGCAAUUCACGGUCCGAUGUUAGCCCAUAAGGCAGAGGACGAGGGGAUCGUAGCUUGUGAGGGGAUGACUGGGAUGCCCGUGCAUAUUGACUACAACUGUGUUCCUUCCGUCGUUUAUACGCAUCCCGAGGUUGCAUGGGUCGGGAAAACGGAGGAGGACCUUAAGCAAGCUGGGGUGGCGUUUAACGUAGGAAAAUUCCCAUUCGCUGCUAACAGCAGAGCAAAAACGAAUAACGAUACUGACGGCUUUGUUAAAGUUCUUGGAGAUAAAGCUACUGACAGACUGCUAGGAUGCCAUAUUAUCGGACCGGGUGCUGGUGAAAUGAUUAACGAAGCAGCCUUAGCGAUGGAAUAUGGUGCAUCGUGCGAAGACGUUGCUAGAGUUUGUCACGCACAUCCUACCUGCUCCGAAGCUUUAAGAGAAGCCAAUCUUGCCGCAUAUUUUGGAAAACCCAUCAACUUUUAAUUAACUCAGCCGUAGUGACGUUUAACUAGUCUAAAUAUGAAAUGUGACCGUAGCAGUGACAACGUGAGUGGGUGGCGGUGGAGAUAACUGUAACUGCCGUUGUACUUAUUUUAAAUUUGAAGCACCAUCUCAAACAGAUAAUAAUAAAAGUAAGUGUAAAAAUAAGAAUAAAUUGUAAAAUUCCUUCAAACCAUUUCCCAAUUCUGUACAUAAAUUAAUAUCCGGUCUAGUUUUUCGUUAAAGUACAAGAUUUACUAAGCAUAUGUAGGUGAUAUACGUGCAUACAUAAUUUAGUGUAAAACCAAUCCAACCAGUUACGGAAACAAUAAAAAAAGAUGUAAGUUAA